GGACACGCCCCUCACACCCUAACUGGUCCCGGGCCCUCCGGUAACAGCUUCCAGACUCCGCUUGGCGGGACAAGUGCCGCAGCCAUGGGCGAGGCUGCGGGAGGCGAUGAGGCCUAUUUCCGAAGAAGCAGUCUCUUCUGGUGCACGGUCAUCACCGUGUCCUUCGGCUACUACACGUGGGUCGUCCUCUGGCCGGAGAGCAUCCCUUAUGAGACCUUGGGACCCCUAGGCCGUUUCUCUCUGUAUUUGAUAGACAAUCAUCCCAAACUACUACAUGGUUGGUAUUGGCUUGCCUGGAUGAUUCACGUGGGAGAGUCCCUGUAUGCCUUGGUCUUGUGCAAGUCUAAAGGCAUCACCAGUGUCUGGGCUCAAUUCCUCUGGUUCCUCCAGACAUUCCUCUUUGGAUUUGCAUCUCUGUCUCUCUUGCUUGCUUACAAACCCAAACGCCAGAAGCGAACUUAAAGAAGAUAACUACAAGUUUUCUCUACACUUUUGACAUUCAGCCUCUCCUUUCGGAGAGACACCUUAUUGACUUGAUUUUUCUAGAAGUUGAGAUUUAAUUAUUCAUUAUUCUUUUAUAUGCUCUUGUUGAGCUUGAGUAACUAAUAGGGAACUAUGUUAGCUUCCCAGUUCUUUUUGUUUAUUAGUUUUGAUUUUUUGGGGUCACACCCGACAGCACUCAGGGGUUACUCCUGGCUCUGUGCUCAGAAAUCUCUCCUGGCAGGCUCUGUGGACCAUUUGGGUUGCCAGGAAUCGAAGCACAGUCCGUCCGGGGUCGGCCACAUGCAAGGCAAGAGCCCAUCUCUCCAGCUCUCUCUCCAGCCCAGCUUCCCAGUUCUUUAGACUAACCUAUUUGUCAGAGAGCUUCCAACCAUCUUGGUGCUUUCCCCACAUCUGGUUUAAACCACAUACUAGGAGCUGGAGUUGUAGGGCACGUACCUUGUAAGCAGCCACGCCGGCUCAAUCCCCAGCAUCCCAUAUGAUCCCCGCAGCACCACCCAGAGUAAUUUCUGAGUACAGAGCCCAGAGGAAGCACCAGGUGAGACUCAAAACAAAAUAAAGAAAUAAA